CUACCAACAAUCCCGGAAGGACGACUCCAGUUCGCUUCAGGUGAAAACAUGCCAUCUGGUCAGGUGAGUCUUCCUCUUGGGGCUCUGUCCCCUCCUCUCCUCCCUUAUCUCAGGCUUCAGACUGGCCUGAAGGAGUGGAAAUAGCUCGUUCUGGAAGCUGGUCAUGUGGGUUUGAACCUGGCUCUGUCCAUGGUGGUUGUGCUGCCGCAGGCUUGCCCCUUCCUGGUCCUGGCCCGGUCCCUGUUUUCGGAUCUGCCCAGUGCGGGUAGGGAAGGAAAGAGCUGGGCAAGGGGAACCACAGUUCGAGGCUCUUUCCCCCUCUCUGGGGAACUACAGUCCUAGGGGAUGGUGGGGGAAGGGCUGCCUUGGGUGACUCUGAACCUCCACCAGGUACUGGAUCUCAGCAUUCCCAGCAGAGUUUGAUUUGAAUCCUGAGCUCGCUGAGCAGAUCAAGGAGCUGAAGGCUCUGCUAGACCAAGAAGGGAACCGCCGGCACAGCAGCCUCAUCGACAUCGAGAGCGUGUGCGUGGGGGGAGCUCGGAGGGCUGGGCAGGGCACUCAGCAUCCUACACCAUCUGCACUUAAUAAAUGUUUGUCGAAUUGAAUGGCCCCACCUACAAGUGGAAUCGGCAGGUGACCCAGAGGAACCCUGUGGAACAGAAAAAGCGCAAGAUGUCCCUGUUGUUUGACCACCUGGACCCCAUGGAGCUGGCAGCACAUCUCACCUACUUGGAAUAUUGCUCCUUUUGCAAGAUCCUGUUCCAGGACUAUCACAGUUUUGUGACUCACGGCUGCACCGUGGACAACCCUGUCCUGGAGCGAUUCAUCUCCCUCUUCAACAGUGUCUCGCAGUGGGUGCAACUCAUGAUUCUCAGCAAGCCCACAGCCCCGCAGCGGGCCCUGGUCAUCACACACUUCGUCCACGUUGCAGAGAAACUCCUGGAGCUGCAGAAUUUCAACACGCUGAUGGCGGUGGUCGGGGGCCUGAGCCACAGCUCCAUCUCCCGCCUCAAGGAGACCCACAGCCACGUGAGCCCAGAGACCAUCAAGCUCUGGGAAGGUCUGACAGAACUAGUGACGGCCACUGGCAACUAUGGCAACUACCGGCGCCGGCUGGCAGCCUGCGUGGGUUUCCGCUUCCCCAUCUUGGGUGUGCACCUCAAGGACCUGGUGGCCCUGCAGCUGGCGCUGCCUGACUGGCUGGACCCCACCCGGACCCGACUUAAUGGGGCCAAGAUGAAGCAGCUCUUCAGCAUCCUGGAGGAGCUGGCCAUGGUGACCAGCCUUCAGCCCCCAGUGCAAGCCAACCCCGACCUGCUGAGCCUGCUGACGGUGUCUCUGGAUCAGUAUCAGACAGAGGAUGAGCUCUACCAGCUGUCCCUGCAGCGGGAACCGCGCUCCAAGUCCUCGCCAACCAGCCCCACCAGCUGCACGCCGCCUCCCCGGCCCCCGGUGCUGGAGGAGUGGACCUCAGCGGCCAAACCCAAGCUGGAUCAGGCACUCAUGGUGGAGCACAUUGAGAAGAUGGUGGAGUCUGUGUUCCGGAACUUCGAUGUCGAUGGGGACGGCCACAUCUCACAGGAGGAGUUCCAGAUCAUCCGUGGGAACUUUCCUUACCUCAGCGCCUUUGGGGACUUCGACCAGAACCAGGAUGGCUGCAUCAGCAAGGAGGAGAUGGUCUCCUACUUUCUGCGCUCCAGCUCUGUGCUGGGUGGCCGCAUGGGCUUCGUACACAACUUCCACGAGAGCAACUCCUUGCGCCCGGUCGCCUGCCGCCACUGCAAGGCCCUGAUCCUGGGCAUCUACAAGCAGGGCCUCAAAUGCCGAGCCUGUGGUGUUAACUGCCACAAGCAGUGCAAGGAUCGUCUGUCAGUUGAGUGCCGGCGCCGGGCCCAGAGUGUGAGUCUGGAGGGGUCUGCACCCUCACCCUCACCCACACAUACCCACCAUCGCGCCUUCAGCUUCUCCCUGCCCCGCCCUGGCAGGCGAGGCUCCCGGCCUCCAGAGAUCCGAGAGGAGGAGGUUCAGACGGUGGAGGAUGGCGUGUUUGACAUCCACUUGUAAUUGAUGCUGUGACUGGAUCAAGCACUCAUGCCUGCUUUGGAGAAAAGACUUGGACCAGAGCAGGGAGCCUGGGGCGCUGUGGCGGCAGGCCGGGGCUGGGGGGCGGGGUGUGAGGGUGGCAUGCAGCUGAGGGCAGG